AUGAGUUUUAAAGUCCAAACGGGCGUGCGUCAGGGCUGUGUGCUGUCAUCCAUCUUGUUUAAUUUAGCAAUUGACUGGGUAAUGAGGUGCACCACAGAAGAUACAUCAAGAGGAAUAAGAUGGACUUUAUACUCGACUCUAGAAGACCUCGAUUUUGAAGACGAUCUUGCAUUACUGUCCCACACACAUCAGCAUAUACAAGAGAAGACUGACAUACUUAACAUCUUCAGUCAGCAAAUUGGGCUUAGGAUAAGCAAAAAGAAGACUGAAGUGAUGGCAUUAAAUAUACAAUCACCACCAUCAGUUGAAGUGGAAGGCUGCAUCCUUAAUAACACCAGCUGCUUUACAUACCUAGGAAGCAUUGUAGCCACAGAUGGAGGAACCAGUAGAGAUGUCAACAACAGACUAACCAAAGCCAGAAAUGCCUUUAAGAGCUUAAACAAAAUCUGGAAAUGCUCUCAAUAUAGUAUAAAAACCAAACUCCGAAUAUUUGAGAGCUGUAUACUAUCAACUCUUCUCUAUGGUUCGGAAUGCUGGCGCAUAACUGAAGAAGAUAUAAAAAAGUUGUCUACUUUUCACACCUCAAGCCUCAGAAAAAUAUUAAAAAUAUUUUGGCCAAGAACUAUAUCUAAUGAUGAUCUGCUAAAGCAAACAAACCAGAGAAGUAUAAGUGAAAUCAUCAGGACAAGAAGAUGGAAAUGGAUUGGCCAUGUUCUGAGGAAAGACCCAAAUUCCACCACUAAAGUAGCCAUGUACUGGACACCAGAGGGGCAUAGAAAAAGGGGCAGUACCAAGACCACAUGGAGGAGGACAGUUGAAGCAGAAUUGAAACAACUGGGUGAAAGUUGGGGGACAAUUCAACACCUAGCGAGAGACAGAGAGGAGUAG